AUGGAGUGGACUGCUCUGACUGGGAUAUUUCUGGUGUUGGCUCUGACUCUUGUGUUUAUUAUGAAAAUCAAGAAUUUCUGGAACUUCUGCAACAGGAAGGAUUUUCCCCCAGGCCCAAGACCCUUACCUGUCAUUGGAAACCUGCACAUCAUGGAUUUGAAAAGACCCUCUCGCACUCUCCUGGAGCUGUCAGAAACCUAUGGCCCAGUCUUCAGUAUUCAGAUGGGAUUCACAAAGAUGGUGGUGCUCUCAGGCUAUGAAAUGGUGAAGGAAGCUCUGGUGAACCAAGCAGAUGCAUUUGCGGACAGAGCUGAAGUCCCAGCAUUUGAAGAACUAUCAAGAGGAAAUGGUAUUCUUUUUUCACAUGGUGAAAACUGGAAAGUGAUGAGAAGAUUUGCCCUCUCAACCUUACGAGAUUUAGGAAUGGGCAAGAGGGUCAUUGAGGACCAGAUUGUUGAAGAAUGUGGCCAUCUGAUCAAGAAUAUAGACUCUCAGAAAGGAAAGCCCAUUGACCUGACUAUGAUAAUGAAUGCAGCCGUUGCUAAUGUUAUCGUGUCUAUAUUACUGGGAGAGCGGUUUGGCUAUGAAGACCCCCAAUUCACUAGACUUCUACAUCUGAUCAAUGAAACUAUCAAGCUUGCUGGAACUCCAUCAGUUAUGAUCUAUAAUCUAUUCCCAACACUUGGCUUUCUCCUGAAGGGUCACAAGACUCUUCUCCAAAACAGAGAUGAGUUUUAUGCUUUUACAGAGGUUGCUUUCACAAAACACCUCGAAACACUGGACAGAAAUGACCAGCGAAGUCUUAUUGAUGCGUUCCUCAUAAGGCAGCAGGAGGAGAAAAGUGACACCAAAAGUUAUUUCAACACUGACAAUUUCAAAAGCCUCGUAAGUAAUUUGUUUUCUGCUGGUAUGGACACCACUUCCUCCACGCUGCGCUGGGGCAUUCUGCUAAUGACGAAGUACCCUAAAAUUCAGCAAAAAGUCCAAGAGGAGAUUGAGAAAGUGCUAGGUUCAAACCCUCCACGAAUGGAACAUCGAAGUAAGAUGCCCUACACAGAUGCAGUUGUCCAUGAAAUUCAGAGGUUUGCUAACAUCCUGCCAAUGGACUUGCCUCAUGCAACUACCGCGGACGUCACUCUCAAAGGCUACUUCAUUCCAAAGGGAACUUACAUCAUCCCCUUGCUGGCCUCUGUGCUGAAAGACAAAUCUCAGUGGGAGAAGCCAGAUGCUUUCUAUCCUGAGCAUUUUCUUGAUGCUGAAGGAAAGUUUGUGAAGAACGAGGCCUUCAUGCCUUUUUCAGCAGGUCGGAGGAUGUGUGUGGGCGAGACUCUUGCCAAAAUGGAGCUCUUCCUCUUCUUCACAAGCCUCCUGCAGAGGUUCAAUUGGCACCCUGCUCCUGGUGUUUCCAGCUCAGACCUGGACCUCACCCCUGCAGUUGGGUUGACUUCAGGGCCCAUGCCCCAUAAGAUCUGUGUGGCAGCACGGGCUUAGGGUUCCCUUUCUGGCAUGCCUAUCUUAUCUGUGUAUCUUCUGUCCUUCCC